AUAACAUAUUAAUAUGUGGGGCCAAAUAUGCCUAACAUAAUUUUAUCAUCAUAUUUUAUAUUUUUUGACUCAAUGUCAUAUCUCAAUUCUCAAAUCUCUCAGUAACUGUAUUGUAACCUGAAUUAGCAUAAAAAAUGGUGUUCUUGAGCUGGGGUCGACCAUCUCCAAAAGACCAAAAGGCUUGCAUCAACAAAUCAGGUACCUUCAACUAUGAUGGUAAAUACAAAGGAUUUACUGCUAAAUCAAUAUCUUCCCUUGAACAAGAUGAAGGGUUGUCCAAAGAUGGGUUUUCACUUAACAACAAACGAGUUCUGUUGGGUUCUGGUGCUGAGGUUUUUGAGAAUGCUAAGAUUGCCCUCAAAAGUUGGAGGCAUUUUGGAUUGGAUUGGACAUUUGUUGAUCCAAAGACACAAAUUAAACAGGGAGAGAAGUUUUGUGUUUGUGUGAAGGAGUUCCUGCCAUGGGUUAUGAUGCCUCUUCAGGUUGUGUAUGUGAACGAAAGCAGUGCCGCCAAAAGGAAGCGUGUGGCAUCCUUUGGUUUUGGAAGUGGAACUCUUCAUGGUCACUUGCUGGCAGCAGAAGAGCGCUUUUCGGUCGAGAUUGAUGAGAACAAUCAAGUGUGGUAUGAAGUACUUUCCUUCUCGAAACCUGCGCACAUUUUAUCAUUUGUUGCAGCACCAUAUGUUAAACUUAGGCAAAAAUAUUUUGCUGAUCAAUCUGCCAAGGUAAUGCUGAAGCAUAUUAGUUCUUCAAAAUAGGAAAUGUUACCAUCAAACAGAGGGAUUUGAAGCUUACACUUCAGUUCCUAUUAGGUUGCAUAAGCAUAAUUACACCGCCAAGUUCUGACGGAUAUUUUCCGUUGGUAAUUUCCGAUGGUAAUGUGCGUGUUUCCGGUAGGGUGAUUUGUAAAAAGAGCUCAGCCACAUUGAGUCUUAUCAUUCUCCAAACUUUGUAUCUAUUGAUCACCCUGCUGAUGCACCUUUUCUACAUGUAUCAUAUAUGUUAUUCAGUUGUUUUCGCC